AUGGCGCGCAACAGCGUGAGCGAGAACCUGCAGCAGAAGAUUGACGGCAGCGUGAAGAAGAUUGCCAACGAGGCGUACGAGGUGGCGCUCAAGCACAUCACCGAGAAUCGCGAGGCCAUGGACCGCAUCGUGGAGGUGCUUCUGGAGCAGGAGAGCAUCACCGGAGACGAGUUCCGGGCGCUGCUGUCGCAGUACGCGGCCAUCCCGCAGGAGAACCUGGAUGCGGUGGCGCGCCAGAAGCAGCCUGACGCGGAGCUGCAGCUGGCGUGA